AUGUAAAAAAAAAGAACACAAACAUUUACAAACCACCCACAAAACGCAAUGCCGCGGCAAUAAUAACAAAAAUAUAAUUGUAACAGACGCAUUAACGAACACCAACGCUGCUGCAAUGCCUGACACCUACGGCCAAUUCGACGCGGAACGCGUCUGUCGCGUGUGCCUGCGAGAGGUGGGCGAAUUUUACUUUAUCUACGAUGAGGCGCCUGUGGAACAGGGCGCGAACAUCGCUCAGAUACUUAACGAGUGCACGCGCUACACCUGUGAGCGUUACGACAAGAUGCCGCAUCAUAUGUGCGACACCUGCAUUAAAGCCGCCUGUCAGGCAUAUCGUUUCAAGCAGGACGCGGAGAAGGCCUAUCGCUCGCUUGUGGCCAUACUGGGGCGCACACCCAUUACCAAGCCAAACAGCAGUGAUGUGUGCACACAGACGGAGCAGGUGCCGAUGUUACCGUGCGGCAUCUGCAACGAUAAAUUUCUGAACAUUCUUGAACUACGCGUGCAUCGCAAACGGCAGCACAUGCAUAUGGAGGAACUUAAGUGCAAGCUGUGCGACGAACAAUUCCAGCAGCUGCGCCAGCUGCGGAACCAUCUUGUCAUGCAGCAUGAUCAACACUCGGCAUCACCGUUGCUGCGUCGGCGUCUGGAAUGUCGAGUCUGUCAACGCGUCUUCUCGCGACGUGACCAUAUGCUUCGGCAUAUGCGCUCUGUGCACAAUGCGGAUGGCCGGGAUCGGCUGGACCGGACGUUGGCCGAGAAGCAGGUGGCCUGGCGGGCCAUCGAUGAGGCGACCAUGCAUAGCGGUGAUGAACUGGAGUCGGCUGCCGUUUUAUUUAAUGAUCCUGAUGAUAAUGAGAACGACAACAACGAGAGUGGCUAUCAAUGCCAUACUAAUCCCAUAUCAAGCAACGAGGAAGGUGAAGACGAAGACGUACAUGCCGAGGCUAAACAGUCGCUCUGGCUGCACAUUAAACCAGAGCCGGAGCCGGAACUUGAAAACUGCCCGGAGGCAAUAGGGUCGCAAGUAAAUCGCGACAAGCGCAGAAAAAGAGCAAUUCUAAAAGUUGCAGCUCACACGGACACAGAGGAUGAGAAUGAGUGCGUAGACAAACAGAAAACUGCGGCUAGUGCAUUGGCGGCUGAGGUAAAAGAGGAGCCACUGGUCACCGGCGGUGAGCAGCAGUUGUCCAUUAAGCAGGAGCGGCAACGCGUUGACAGCAUCAAAGAGGACGAGGAAUACGAUAUGGAGGCUGCAACAGCUGACAUUUUGCACAGUGCCGAUGAGGACGAAGAUGGGGAAGAGUUCGGAAAUGCAGAAAGUGACAUUGAUGAAGACGACGACGACGAAGAUGGAGACGAACCGGAUGACGAGCUGGAGACACAGUCCGUGCAUAAAUCAAAGCUUGCCCAGGUAGCCCAAGUGGAAAUUGUACGCGAGUAUCUGCAGAAACCGGCAACUGGCAAGCAGCGACGUCGUCGACGCAAAAAACAAACUGAAGCGGAACCGAACCCAGAGAAUCGCUGCGAUAUCUGCCUGCGUACCUUUUCCCGUCAUUGCCAUUUGCUGCGCCACAAGUUGUCGCAUUUGGAAAAGAAGCCGCACAGCUGCCCGCAUUGCCCCAAGGCAUUUGCGCGCAGCGAUCAUUUAAAGGCGCACGUGCAGAGCCUGCACGGCAAUAAGGAGCACAAAUGCGUGCUAUGCGAUGCGGCGUUCGCCCGCCUCGAUGCCCUCGAGCGGCACAAGAUGAGCAAGCACAAUGGCGAGGGCCUGGACGCCAGCAGCGAGCUUAAGCUGCAAAUGAACGAGCAUACGUGCGAAUACUGUGCCAAGCGAUUCUCCAGCAAAACAUAUCUGCGCAAGCACACACUGCUCCAUACUGAAUUCCUCUAUGCAUGCAAGAGUUGCGACGAGACAUUCAAGGAGCGCCAACAGUUACGUAGCCACGAGAAGACGCACACCGGCCAGCGUAAUUUUCUUUGUUGCAUUUGCGGCGACAGUUUUGCUCGCAACGACUAUCUGCGCGUCCAUAUGCGACGACACAAUGGCGAGAAGCCAUACAAGUGCCGUUAUUGCGUCAAGGCGUUUCCACGCGCUACAGAUCUUAAGGUACAUGAACGCUAUCACACGGGCACAAAACCCAACCUGUGCAAUACGUGCGGCAAGAGCUUCCAUCGCGCCUACAAUCUGACCAUACAUAUGCGCACCCAUACAGGCGAGCGUCCCUACAAGUGCGAUCAGUGUCACAAGAGUUUCAGCCAGAGCAAUGACUUGAAAGCGCAUAUACGACGGCACACUGGAGAGCGCUAUAAGUGUCCGCACUGUGAUACUUACUUCCUGCAGCUAUACCAUAUGCGCAACCAUUGCCUCAGUGCCCACAACCAGCAUAUUGAGACCAAAACUGGUCGGCUGCAACGCACCGGCCUGCUGGACGAGCCCAAUCACUCCCACUUGACCACUGUGGUUAUGCCCCCUGCACGUUUUCAGCAAACAACGACACCAGAUACGCAUGCUAUGGCCACCGUGACCACGCAAUUGCCACAGCCGCCGUCGACUGUGGCUGCGACAAUUUCCACGCCCAUUCUGCAUUCGCCGGUCACCUACAAUACAUCGUCACCAGUAUCGGUAUCCGUUCCAGUGCCGGAUGCAGCCGGAUUUGUGGGUACAGCGGCUAACGCAACAGCUACUGCAACGGCGCCCUUUGGUGCAUUCAAUAUAGCGCCCGUUGUAAUGGCGCAUCUCAUGUACAACCAUGGGGGAAGUAGCCAGCAGAGCAAUGCCAGCGGCAGCGAGGCGGGAAAAUAACCGAAGUUCCCCUAUGAAAUUCGCAUGCCGAUUAUUCAGUUGCUAUUCCAAACUUAUCUUAAGUUGAUCUUGUAUAUAUGUACAAUAUAAAAUCGCGCCUUAACAAUGUGUAUGUAUAUGGUAAAAAUCGCUUAACAGCAACUUUUAUUGUAUUGCAAAAUAUAUAUAUAUGUAGACUAAGCGAUUUUACUGUAUCUAAGCAUUGAGCAAACUAGUUUCUACCAGUGAGAUCGUUAUAAAGUUCUGUGAGCCAGCAAUACUAAUUUAUUAAUUAUAAUAUAAAAUAUGCGUUUAGGUAUAUCAAAUGUUCAAAGAUUUGUUAACCUUAAAUUGCAAACCCUUUGUUUUAUAAAUGAAAUUUGUAUAACUUUAGAUAUCGAAUACCUAUAUCAUAUUAUGAUGUCACCUACCGUGUAAAUAAAUUCCAACAUAUUC